AUGGGAGGCAAGAAAGCUGCGGGUGAGAACUCGAAAAAGGCCGCUGGCAACGCUCGCAAGGCCGACGCUGCUGCAUCGAAGAAGGCAGCUGAAGAUUCCAAGCGUGCCGCUGAGGAGGACAAGGAAUGGUCCAAGGGAGCCAAGGGUAACGCGAAGAAGGAAGACGCCGAGGCCAAGAAAGCUGAAGCUGCUCGCAAAAAGGCCGAACGUGAUGCCCUCCUCGCCGCCGAAGAAGCUUCCCAGCCCGCCAAGGCCAAGGGCGCCGGUGCAAAAACAGCCCAGAAGAAGACCCGCGGCCUCGACCUUUCACAACUCGAUGAACCUUCCUCUGGCAAGCAUAGCAGUGCCCUGAACGCUUCCGGUAUUGACAAUGCGCUUGACGCUUUGUCCCUUACGAGCAAGGAUACUUCAAAGGUUGAGCGCCACCCCGAGCGUCGGUUCAAGGCUGCAUAUGCGGCGUUCGAGGCCCGCCGCCUACCAGAAAUCGAACAAGAGAACCCUGGUCUGCGGCGGCAGCAGCGAGUGGAUCUCUGUCGCAAGGAGUUUGAAAAGAGUGAAGAGAAUCCUUUCAAUCAAGUGCACGUUGCUGUGAACGCCUCCAAGGACGAGAUUGCCCAGGUCCGGGACGCCGAGCGGAAGAAGACCGAGGGUCGCUUGACGAAAUAA